AUGAGGCUGUCUACUAACACGCUCCUUGCUGUCCUUCCUGUCUUUGUCGCUGCCCACGCUGAUCACCACCUUCACGCCCGUGCCCAACAACAUGCUCGUCAAGUCCCCGCAGCUGCACCUCCCCCUCCCGUCGCGUCCGCUGCAGGCUCUUCUUCUCAGGCAAAUGUUGUAGGGACCACUAGCAGCCAAGUUGCUGCCUCUCAAUCCAGCUCACCUGCUGUUGCUGGGACAUCCACCUUACCUGCAGGGUCUUCGGCAGCUAGCGUUGCUGGAACCACUUCUUCAGUGUCGUCUGCAGCCGUUCCCUCUCUGACAGUUCAGUUGCAAGCCACCAACCCAACUGCUGUCCCGUUAGCAUCCAUCAUCCCCGGCCAAGUUAGCGCAGCAACGCAUCCUUUGCCCUCUACGGCUGUUGCAGGGUCUGUGCCGACUUUCUUGUCGAAUGCUCCCCCUUUGCCAACCAUAACCGGCCUUCUGGCUGCGAAUUACCCCCCUCCUGAUCGGCCAGCACCAACAGAUUCUCCAGAGGUCCAGCAAUGGAUCAAGGAAGUCCAGGAUACUGGUGUCGUAAUCCCGCAAUUUUCACCUACCAAUGGAAUCGGAGGUUGCGCCAACAACACGGCCGCAGCCAGCGAUGCAUCACGAUGCUGGUGGACCUGUGGAGGAUGCACGCGAUCAACUGAUAUCACCGAGUGCCCAACCGCUAUGGACUGGGGUUUGACUUAUGACGAUGGUCCUGCGUUUUACACCCCUAACUUGCUCGAAUAUCUCGACCAAGAGCAACUCAAAGCCACCUUCUUUGUUGUCGGUUCCCGUGUUUUCUACAAUUGGAACAUGCUCCAAAGUCAGUACAUGGGUCAGCAUCAAAUCGCUGUUCAUACCUGGAGCCAUUUCCCCUUGACAUCUUUGACAAACGAACAAAUUAUUGCCGAACUUGGGUGGUCGAGGAAGAUCAUCAAGGAUGUUCUUGGCGUCACUCCCAACAUGAUGCGUCCGCCUUACGGAGAUAUUGACGACCGUGUCCGAGCGAUUUCUCUCGCGAUGGGCCUUACUCCCGUCAUGUGGACCCGCAUCAGCCCCCUUGCCACGUUUGACACUGAUGACUUCAACAUCGCCAAUGGCCAGACUUCGGUGCAACAGGUUAUUCAGAACUGGGAAAAUAUCAUCGGAAACGCUACGACCAGAAACUCCGGUUUUAUUGUUCUUGAACACGAUCUUUUCGAACAGUCAGUUGAGGUUGCUACCGGAUAUAUCUUGCCAGACGCCCUGGGCCACAAGAAUCCACCUUUCAAGAUUCAACCCGUUAUUCACUGCCUCAACAAAGACAUGACCGACGCUUACAUUGAGACUAACAACAAUAAAACUAACCCCCCUGCUUUCCAGGCCGCGGUGUCGGCUGGUAUUGUUACUGUGACUGGAACGGCUGCCGGAGCCAAGUCGACAGGCAAGAGUGCUGCAGUCACUUCCAAAUCCACUGCUGGCAGUCUCUGGUCACUCGCCGGCCUCGCUCUCGGCGGACUCAUGACAUUGCCUUAA